UCCCUGGAUCCAGACCUUUAAUGUUGAGGCACCAUGCCAGACCGUGGAAGAUUUAACGAACGGGGUUGUGAUGGCCCAGGUUCUUCAAAAAAUAGAUCCAGUUUACUUUGACGAAAACUGGUUAAACAGGAUCAAAACAGAAGUAGGAGAUAAUUGGAGACUAAAGGUAAGCAACCUGAAGAAAAUUUUAAAAGGGAUACUGGAUUACAACCAUGAGAUUUUAGGGCAACAGAUUAAUGACUUCCUCCUUCCUGAUGUUAACCUCAUUGGAGAGCAUGCUGAUUCUGCAGAGCUUGGGAGAAUGCUGCAGCUCAUUCUGGGAUGUGCUGUGAACUGUGAACAGAAGCAAGAGUACAUCCAGACCAUAAUGAUGAUGGAAGAAUCAGUUCAACAUGUUGUCAUGACAGCCAUUCAGGAGUUGAUGAGUAAAGAGUCUCCAGUCUCUGUUGGAAAUGAUGCUUACGUUGACCUUGAUCGUCAGCUGAAGAAAACUACAGAAGAAUUAAAUGAAGCACUAGCAACAAAAGAAGAAAUUGCUCAGAGAUGUCAUGAGUUAGAUAUGCAGGUUGCAGCUCUUCAGGAGGAGAAGAGCAGUUUACUUGCUGAAAACCAGAUUCUGAUGGAGCGCCUGAACCAGUCUGAUUCUAUCGAAGAUCCCAACAGCCCUGCAGGUCGUAGGCACUUGCAGCUGCAGACUCAAUUAGAGCAACUCCAAGAGGAAACUUUCAGAUUAGAAGCUGCCAAAGAUGACUAUCGAAUACGGUGUGAAGAACUAGAAAAGGAAAUUGCUGAAUUGAGACAACAGACAGAAGAGCUUACUACAUUGGCAGAGGAGGCUCAGUCCUUGAAGGAUGAGAUAGAUGUACUCAGGCAUUCCUCUGAUAAAGUUGCCAAGUUAGAAAGUCAGGUAGAAUCAUACAAAAAGAAAUUGGAAGACUUGGGUGACUUGAGACGGCAAGUGAAACUCUUAGAAGAGAAGAACACAGUGUACAUGCAAAAUACUGUGAGCUUGGAAGAGGAACUGAGGAAGGCCAACGCAGCACGCAGUCAGCUGGAGACGUACAAGAGGCAGGCAGUUGAACUACAAAACAGAUUAUCUGAAGAAUCCAAGAAAGCUGAUAAAUUAGAUUAUGAAUGCAAACGGCUGAAAGAAAAAGUAGACAGCCUCCAAAAAGAAAAAGAUAGGUUAAGAACAGAAAGAGAUUCUUUGAAAGAAACUAUUGAAGAACUCCGAUGUGUACAAGCACAGGAAGGUCAACUCACCACUUCAGGUUUGAUGUCCCUAGAAAGCCAGGAACCUUCAGACAGUUUAGCAGCAGAAAUUGUUACUCCUGAAAUCAAGGAGAAACUCAUUCGCCUUCAACAUGAGAAUAAGAUAUUAAAGCUGAACCAAGAAGGCUCUGAUAAUGAAAAGAUCGCCUUGUUGCAGAGCCUGCUUGAUGAUGCAAACUUACGGAAGAAUGAACUGGAGACAGAGAACAGGUUGGUAAAUCAGCGGCUUCUAGAAGUACAGUCCCAGGUUGAAGAACUGCAGAAAUCUUUGCAAGAUCAAGGUUCAAAAGCUGAAGAUUCAGUACUUCUGAAAAAGAAGCUAGAAGAGCAUCUGGAGAAGCUCCAUGAAGCUAACAAUGAGCUACAGAAGAAACGAGCUAUUAUUGAGGACUUGGAACCAAGAUGUAACAACAGUUCACUGAAAAUUGAAGAAGUCAUCCGUACCUUAGAUCCUAAACAAAACCAAGGUGCAGCUCCUGAGAUUCAGGCUCUGAAAAAUCAGUUGCAGGAGCAGGACAGAUUGUUUCAUUCAUUGGAGAAAGAAUAUGAAAAAACAAAGAGUCAAAAAGAAAUGGAAGAGAAACUUAUCGUUAGUGCCUGGUACAAUAUGGGGAUGACUCUUCAUAAAAAAGCAGCAGAAGACAGACUGGCUAGCACGGGCUCGGGACAGUCCUUCUUGGCUAGGCAAAGGCAAGCCACGAGCACCAGGAGAUCCUACCCCGGUCAUGUCCAGCCAGCAACAGCAAGGUAG